GGCAUUUAUUUUUAAGUCUUCAUUUGCAUAGAAGACCUAUAGCUCUCUUCUAAGGAUCAGCUAUCUACAGUCAAUCUCCAACAAUGCUUGACUUGGCUCAUCUUACCCGUCACUCCGAGAGACCGCCAACCACGUCGAAACUUUGGCUACGCGGAACCGAUAUGAACGUCGGAUGCCCUCGCCCGUCGACCUUUAGCAUAUGUAAGACCCUUUGAGUCCUUGAGACCAAACGUAAAUGUUUACUUGGACACGUCACCUCUCAAUCAUCUCCCAGUCAUUCGAAUUUCAUCUCAUUCAACACCAAAAGCUUGACCCCAGCGUCAAUCUGGUUUGUAGGUAUCACUACUCCAACCUAUUUCCAUUCCCCAUUUUUUACUUUUCCAAAGUAUAUGAAUCUAACGAACAGCACUAGAUUCAAGGUAACUCAUGGGUUUGGUGUAGUAAAAUUCAAUUAUUUCCAUUCCCAAACCUCUCAUCAUCACGGUGAUAUUUGCGCAGCAGCUGGCGGCAUGCUAGCCUAGCAGCGCAAUGUCUCCCAUCAUCACCAAGGUAAUAGCCAUCAUCACCGCUCUCCUCGCGAGAGCGGCGACGGCAGCCCCGGCCCAAGCGAAUGCAUCGUCCAACGACCUCCGCUUCGCGCCUAACCCCAGCCUGACCGCCAACCUCGCCUUCCGCGUGAUCCUCGCCAUCGUCGGCACCGCGCUCUGCUGGGUGCCCUUCCGCCUCCUCUUGCGCAACGGCGACUUCGCGGCCGUCGUGCUGAUCAUCGAUGUGGCCAUCAUGAACCUGAUCACCGUCCUCAACUCGCUGAUCUGGAACAGCGACAACUGGGACCGCUGGUGGAUCGGCACCGGCCUCUGCGACGUCGAGGUGUACGUGUGGGUACCGCUGCAGACCGUCUACGCCGGCGCCAUCCUUGCUAUUAUUAGGCAGUUGGCCGAGCAGGUCAAGCUAACGCGAGCAUCGCAGCUCACACGCAAGGAGCACAAGAUGAGAGCUUUGCUUCAGGCCGCCAUCAUCUUCCCACCGGCGCUCAUCCAGCUGAUCUUCACAUGGUUCGAUAUCGUACAGCGCUACAAUAUCGGUACGCUCAUCGGUUGUAUGGUCUCGUUCGACGAUAGCUGGCCUCGAUUUGUUGUGUACGAUGCUCCACCCACGAUCUACGUACUGGCUUCUGUUCCUUAUGCUGGUAAGUCUACGACUCUUGAUUUUAAACAAUUACGUAUAUAUACACUAGGUAUAUAUGGAUGUUUAGUGGAAAGGACGCUAACGACCCUCGCAGUUCUGACCUGGAAGCGCUUCCGCGCCAUAUCGAAGAACACGCUGGAAGUGCUUAAGUCCAACGAGACCGCCAUCGCGCGCGCGACAGGGAUACGUAAUCGACUGUACGCCAUGUCAGUGGCCAUUCUUAUCGUGUAUCUACCUGUGUCUCUCUACCUCACAGUAGAAAACUUCCGAAAUAUUGGAGACCUUGAGUCGUACAGCUACACCCGAAUCCAUUGGGGAGAUAAUUCGUAUCCGUGGGACGCAAUCCUGUUUAUACCAUCGUGGCUGCUCUCGACGAUAGAGAUGAACCAACCGUGGAUCGCAAUCUCGACGACGAUCGUUAUCGUAGGUUUCUUCGGCACCACCAAGGACGGUCUCGGCAUGUAUCGUCGAUACGCAAUGGCGCUAGGCCUGGGACGUCUAUCCUUAAGACGCAAGAGACCGCACAACAACCCGGACAUAUUCUUCCAAAGCGAUAACCACCCCGAUUGUGCGAGAGGUAGCUGGAUCGAGUUAACCAACCAGCCGAACCGAAGAAGGGAGAGCAGAAGAAAGCCUGAGCCUAUCGACACUGAUCGGUAAGUAUCCCACGACUCCCUACACGGGGAAACCACUCUUGUCAGAGCAGCCAACUAACGAUCAAAAAUUCGCAGAAUCCGCCGUAUCGACGCAUUCUACAGCGCCCAGAACACCGGAACCACGACCGGGCCAUCGACAGGCAAAACGCCUCUCUUAUCCGUACCCCCGCCACCGCGCUGCGAGACCUCCCCUGAGACCGACUUGCCGCUAUUAUUUAGCAACACUUCCAGCCCGCUCGAUGGCAAAGUAGUCGAGACCUUGAUCCCACCACGCACCUCCUCUCUCGCCAACCUGCGCCAUAACUCUCCCGCG